CUUUUACUUCUCUUCAGUAUCCAUAACCACAGCAAACAUGACGCUUGAGAAGGAUGAGGCUAUUCCUGUGACCUGUUUUACUGGAUUUCUUGGUAAGUGACGGGGGAAAAGUGAGAGGACAAAACCUAACUUGCCCACAGGAGCUGGCAAGACCACAACUAUCCUUUCGCUUAUCCAGCAACUACCGAAAGAGUACAAAGUCGUACUGCUCAAGAAUGAAUAUGGAGACGUUGAAGUCGAUUCUGUCCUUGCUUCUCAGUCCAACAUCACAGGCGUUUCUGAAAUUCUGAACGGCUGUCUCUGUUGCACGUCUGUAGGACUUAUCUCCAACGCUUUGAUGGAAGUCAAAUCAACAAUGAAACCCGACCGAAUCAUUAUCGAAUCUAGCGGAUCGGCCUUCCCUGCGACAUUGGCUUUGCAAAUCAAGGAACUUGAACCUGAAGGAUUCAAGUUGGAUGGCGUUGUGACUGUGGUGGAUUGUGUUAAUUUUGAAGGAUACGAAGAUUCAUCGCCUAGUGCAAAAUUGCAAGCCAAGUACACCGACCUCAUCCUCCUCAACAAACACCACCUUCCCAACCCACGUCAAUUCGACACUCUCCUGGACCGUCUUAACGAUCUCAACGACGAGACCCCUAAACUCCGUAUUGGUCCCGCCCCUUCCAAUCCACCGAAGCCUGAAGUCAUCUUUGGUCUUGACAGCAAGCUCUGGUCCGUCAAGGAUGGCGAAAGAAAAGAUUGGGGCGAGAUGGCGACUAGAGAAGGAUGGCAUGGAGAUGAAGUGGAGGUCAAGGGAGUGUAUAAAGGGAAGAAGCCGAAACAUGAACACAAGCGUGUGGGAGGAAAAGGCGAAGGCAAGGAAUGCGGAGAUUGUCAAAAGCCAGAAGUUGAGGAGAACGUUGGACCUGUGGAGCCAAUUGAGAGAGAGCUUUUGGAGAAGGAACUGUCCAAGCUCUCUUACGAAAUCUAUCGAGUUAAAGGUAUCGUUCGAUUCAUGUCUCCUUCAAACCCAUCAAAGGCUUUCGACACGUAUAUUCUCAACUACGCCUUUUCUCGAUACACCCUCACACCUGCGCCUUCUUUGGAUGAUGAUCCCGCGCUCGAAGGGGUGAGCAUAAGGUUGACAGUGAUGGGUGAGAGAGGGGAAGUUGCAAGGAGAGCAAGGAGAUUUGGUGAAGCUAUUGGCGCUAUGAUGGAGUGAAUAUCCAGUUUCGAUAACGGUUUACGUGUGAGGUGAAUAGGGCGGUAGUGCGACUCAGAUGAGUAGAUGAUUGUAAUUCAUAGAUCUUCCAUACAUAUAUAGACAUAUGCACGGCGGCUGAAUAAAAAACUGCCAACUGUCAAACAGCCAUACUUUUAUCUCAUAACAUGUCUUCCAUUAUUUUCUUUCAACUUGGAUUUUUUGGACCUCGGAAUCCAACCGCCGGAUCUCGUCAUUCUCGAAAGUAUUGAUAAGAUAACAUGUACUAUACGGUUCAUACAAGUAACUUAUCCGACUUCGAGGAUACUUCCAGUGAUCUGCCUUUCUAUCCAUUUUCAGGCGUUUAUUUCAAUGCUCCAAAUCUAGAGUACCUGGCGUCCAUCAACCUUGUCAUCCCCACCAAAUCAAAACUACAAAGAAACAAAAGCUCACAAAAAACCACGCCAUUGCCACCAAUCGAAUUACACCAUUACAUCCAAUACCCAGGUAUCUCAUUGCUCCACGCAGCCGCAUAUCGGUUCUCCUGCUCCAGCAAAUCCUAAUCCACUUAAAGUAUGGCAAGGACCAUUCUUGCGGUUCUGCAUAGUUUUCUAUAACAAACCUUGCAUGAUCGCCGUAGAUGUGUUUCCAGCGGAUAAUUGACCAGAUAAGUGCGAGAAUAGUCAUCGAGGUGGCGAAGCUAUCAAGAUGAGGUUCGGUCUUGGUUAGCCCUCGUUCUCUUUCACGAUAGUUUGUAAAGGACAGCCGAACUUGGGACUUGAUCGGGACGACCAAGUCCAGUUGGAUCUGGAAAGAGGGAACGGUGAACUGACAUUCUGCGCGAUGGCGUAUUUGAUAUGAUAGCAAGAUUCGUAGAAUCUAAACAAAAGAAAGCGAGUUGACAAUCAACCAGCACUGUUCCGAAGACGUGCAAACGUAUCUGUUAGAUCAUUAUCCCCAUUCUCCCCCUCUGUCAGACCUUGUUCGAUAUCUCCAUCUUCGGCUUCAGGGGUGUAGACGCGUGCUCUUUUGGAGAGAAGAUACUGUGAAGACAUGCCUGGGGAAACAGGUUGUUGGCCAAAGGUCAUCAGCCUUAUGGGAAUAAUUGAAAGUUGAAAUAAGACAGCUGUGUUUAUCAUGGUAUCCUUAAGAGUAAGCAAAUAUUCUUUUUGUCGUCCCCUUCGCUCCACUGGCAGCUACAACCAAAACUCACCGAGUUGAGCGCCGAUAUAAGGCAAGUGAAGAUGGUGGACAGAGAAACGAAAAAACAACGCAACUGCAGUAAAACAGACGGUGGCAUUCAAUCAACGGCCAGCAACUAGUUCAAAGGACCUGAGACAUCGCUGUUUAUGGGGGCAUGUGAGAUCGUAAUUACAAGUUAUCGUAGGCAGUUCCAUUUCGCAUGCCAC